AUGUCUGGUUACCCUUACCACCCUCCGUCCGGCUACGGAUACGGCCCUCCUCCACCGUCUCAACCCUACGGCUCAUCCCAACCCUACGGCUCAUCCGGCGGACCUCCACCGCCGCAACCCUACGGCUCGGCUCCCUCGUACGGCGCUCCACCGCCCAAUCAGCAGUCUCACGGCGGGCCUCCGCCGCCCCAAUCGUACGGCUCCUCUCCCUCGUACGGCGCUCAGCAGCCCCACGGCGUGCCUUCGGCUCCAUACGCCGCACCGUACGGGGCUCCACCGGGUGGAGACAAGCCGCCGAAGGAGAAGCCAUACGGCAGUGCCUCUGGAGGAUAUCCUCCGUCAGCGCCGUACGGUAGCCCAUUCGCCUCCCUUGUCCCGUCGGCGUUCCCUCCAGGGACCGAUCCCAGCGUCGUGGCGUGCUUCCAGAUGGCCGAUCGGGACGGGAGCGGCUUCAUCGACGACAAGGAGCUCCAGAGCGCGCUGUCUAGCUACAAUCAGAGCUUCAGCUUGAGGACCGUUCACUUGCUCAUGUACCUCUUCACCAACAGCAACAACAGGAAGAUCGGUCCAAAGGAGUUCAUACAAGUAUUCUACAGCCUUCAGAGUUGGAGGGGCAUCUUCGAGAGGUUUGAUAGGGACAGGAGCGGGAAGAUUGAUACGAACGAGCUGAGGGAGGCGCUGUUGAGUUUGGGAUUCGCAGUCUCGCCAGUUGUUCUGGACUUGUUGGUGUCUAAGUUUGACAAGUCGGGUGGCAAGAACAAGGCCAUCGAAUAUGACAACUUCAUCGAGUAAUUAACUUAGCCCCUCACCCCCUCCUGACCCCUUCUCUCUAUCUUAUUUUCGUGUUAAAGAUUCAAACUUUCUUUCGGAAGGGUUCAACCCUGAACUAAUUUUGUCUCUCAUUUUCCGGGUUGGAUCAUGUUUCUUCUGGGAAUGCAAUGCAGGUGCUGUCUUACUGUCAAGGGACUGACGGAGAAGUUCAAGGAGAAGGACAUGGCGUACACUGGCUCAGCCACAUUUUCGUACGAGACAUUCAUGUUAACGGUCCUGCCCUUCCUUAUAGCUUAAGAAACAGGCAAAAGUUUCUAGAAGAGUCAAGAAGCUUGGGUAACCCUUUGCGAGGCAGAGGCUUCGUGAAUUCUACGGAAGUUGCAGAAAGACAUGUGAGAUGUUGUAUUUUCUUUAGUGGGUUGUAUGUUUGAUGAUGAAAUGUUUGAAGCCAGUUUCCUUGUGCGAGAGGGCAUAUAUUAGUAGAGUUUUAUGGUGCUGGCUGAUGAGGAUGAAUGGAUGAUGGUGUUGCAGACAAUUGGGUAUGUUUUCCGAGGACUUGAUUGUGUAGUUCUGUUUUCCUUGAUACUCCCUCGGUUUGUCAAUAAGAGGCUUUUCUACCAAAAAUGUUAAAAAGAAAAAAAAAAGGCGACUAUAGCGCGAUAUGGGCCUCUCUUUGAGAUUGGAUCCAAAAUCCCAUGUUCCCAAAGUCCCAAUCCU